AGCCAAGCCAUGUCGCAUGUUCCCUGUCGCCUCUGUCCUGGGACCUGGGACCCAGGUCUCCAGUGCACUGCCACCCUAUCCCUGGGUGGGGUCGAAUUCUCAAGUUGUUGGGAGUGGGGAACCGGCAUUUGGCAAAGCAGUGAAGUUCCCCACCUCCCUUGUAGGAGUGUCUGGGUCCCAGCUCUGCUGCUCACCGCAGCUCCCGGGAGGCAGUCCGAGCUCACCUGCUCGGGUCCCCACCACCCACAAGGGAGACCUAGAUGGAGUUCCCCGUUCCUGGCUUCAGGAACUGCAGGCAUUUGGGAAGUGCGAACCCCCAGAUGGGGCAUAGCUCUUCUCUCCCCCCCACUCGAUCUCUCUGCCUUCCAAAGAAAUUAAUAUUUUAACAUUUCUGGGGCAUCCGUGGGGGUGGGGGCUGUCUGCAGUGCUGGGGUCCCAGGCGACCCUCCUUGCUGCCUGGGCUCCCGCUUCAUGGACGCCCGGUCUGAGUCCACCUCUACCCCAUCCAUUUUGAGAAGUCACACUGGGGUCAUCCUGUUACCGCAACCCAGAGCGUCUUUCCCCUAUGGCACUGCACCGGGUCAGGGCCUGGCUGCCCUGUCCUUACCCCUCCCCGCUCAUGCCGGACCUCUGCCUGCUCCCCUGCAAGCCUGAAUGCCCCCCGGUCCCCUGCAGUCCCGCGCCCCCCAACCCUCCCUCUGGACAAAGCUGUGACCUUUGUCAGAGAGGGGCUCCGAGAGCAUCAGGACCCGAAGCAGAGUCCUCCUAAGUGGGGUUUGAGUUCCGCCCGGCAGGGGGCGCCCGGGAGUGUCUGAGGGGCGAACCCGUGAGUCUGGCGACCUGUCAGGCGCCCACCUGCGCAGGUGCAGAAGCAAGUGGGCCCGAGAUCGGAGGCUCCCACUGACCACGGUGAGCCGCAGCAGGCGUUUUGGCCUGGGUUGAGGCACGGCCAGAUGCCCGUGCAGCAGCCGGCAGUGCCCACACCAGCGGGUUACCCUGACCGCGGAUCCUGGCCCGAGCACCCGCAUCCCGGGCUCCCGACUUCUCGUGCUCAGCCCUCCCACGCCGCAGAUUCCCACAGCGGCGCGCUGAGGACUCCCACUCCCCCAAGGCGGACCCUGGCCCAAGCUCAGUUCUUCCAGCUUCUGGUUCUGCGGCUCCGCGUAAAGGCACCAAAAACACAAAGGGGAAUGUGGUGGACGCGCCCCCUGGCGGCUGGCGGCCGCCCCUGCAGACGGCGCAGGGCUCCAUGCCUGCUUCCUGGGCAUCCAAACUGCGCUGCUCUGUGCUGGGGGCGUCCACAUGGAUCCUGGGGAGUCAGCUGGCAGUCAGGCGUUUAGCCUGCCAUCACUGAGCGCCUACUGUAUGCUCCUGACCAUUACCAGACCUCCUGAGAAUCCAGUUCCCAGGGGAACCCACAUCUGGGAACUGUGACCCAGCCACGGGCCCCCGAGUGGCUGUUUAGCUGCGCACUGCAAUCUCCCAAUGCGGUUUCUAACAACCCCGGUCCAGGCCCCGCCCCAGACCAGAAACUGGAAGUUCUGCUGUUUCCUAAGCUGCGCAGGCGAUUUCCACGCAUGACCACACAGGAUCCAGGAGGGUGCUUUCCAGCCUUCCUCCCCGGGACAGGGCCCAGGUUCCUCCAGCCUCCCAGGGGCCGUCCUACCUUGCUUUCCUCCCAAUUACUGCCUUCUGGAUCCUUCCUUCUGCAUUACCUUCCAUCUCAGGGAACUUGGAAUGUCCCUGCUCCCCCAUGGGCGAGUUCUUGGACAUCAUGGCCCCGCCCCACCCCCAACACACACCCCUAAAUCUGCGGUCCCCCAGCCGCCAGCCCAGCAAAUCUGUCCCAAGAACAGGGAAGUUCUUGGCUUGCAAAGAUGUGUUGAAAAGAGGAAGGUGUAUUAGGCAAGACGAGCAGGCAGCUGAGGCCUCACCCAUCAUACAGGGACCAUCCCCCUCCUCACUGGAUGCCCCGACCCCUGGCCUUCCGGCCUCAGCUGGCCUGGGGGCAGCAAGUCCCCAGGAGCUCCCACUGGAAGCAAGGAGGCAGCAGAAAGACCAGGGACAGAACGUUCCAGUUGGCGGACAUGCCAGUUACCCUGACCUGAUCAUCGCACAUUGCACACGUGGAUUGAGACACCACGUACUACCCCACAGAUAUGUGCAAUCAUGUGCCAAUUAAAAAUGUAAAACAGAAUCGGGCAUUUGGGCCCGCAUCCCCCGUGGCAGUGCCUGGGUUCGAGUCCCAGCUCUGCUCCCAAUUCCAGCUCCCUGCUAAUGCACACCCUGGGAAGUACCUGGGUCUCUGCCACUCCCAUGGGAGACCCGGAUGGAGUUCCUGGCUCCUGGCUUUGGCCUGGCUGUUGCUUGCAUUUGGAGAGUGAACAGGUGAAUGAAAGAUCCCUGUCUCUCUGUCAUUCUGCUUUUAAAGUAAAAAUGAAAAUAAAGAGGACUGUGAUAUGAAUGUGCUGAUUCCAUGCACUGAGCAAGGAGGUCAGGGUGGCUGGGGACAGGCCGGGCGGGGCCGUCUCCGCCUCCUUUCCUUCUUCCUCUGCCCUCCCCACCUUGUGUGCUGGCCUGGGGAGCAGAAGCCACAGGCACUUCCUGAAGGCAGCAGCCUGGUGCCCCGGCCCAUCACCAGCCUGCAGACAUGGGGAGCCAGCAGGACUUCCGCAGCCUCCAAGCCAGGUUCCAGGCCUCUCAGCCCCAGCCCAGUGAACACCCCAGAAAACCGCCGAAGCCUGACUUCAACAAACUGAAGAAGUUUCCACCGCCUGAGCCAAGCGAGCAUCCCAGGAAACCCCCGCAGCCCAAGUUCGCCAACCCCCCCAGGAAGCCCCCGCAGCCUGAGUUCGCAGACCCCCCCAGGAAGCCCCCGCAGCCCGAGUUCGCAGACCCCCCCAGAAAGCCCCCACAGCCCGAGUUCGCAGACCCCCCCAGGAAGCCCCCACAGCCCGAGUUCGCAGACCCCCCCAGGAAGCCCCCGCAGCCCGAGUUCGCAGACCCCCCCAGGAAGCCCCCGCAGCCCGAGUUCGCAGACCCCCCUAGGAAGCCCCCGCAGCCCGAGUUCAGUGAUGUCUCCAAGAAUUUCUCACAGCUAGACAGGAAGUCCCCGCAGCCCAAGGUCGGUGAGAGCCCUCUGAAGUCCUCCCAGCCGCAGCCCAUCAACCCUGCCAGGCCCCUCUCAGAACCCAAAUUCAGCACCUUUCCCAAGAAGCCCCCGCAGCCUCAGGUCACCAGCCUCCCUCCAAAGCAGCCGCCGCAGCCCGAGGUCAGUGGUGUUCUUCAGACGCAGGAGGCCCAAGAGCCCCGGCCCCGCUCCCCGCGGCCAGACUUCUUCACGUUUCCCAAGAAGCCCUUGCAGCCUGGGCUUGGGGACCUCUCCAGGACAUCGUCGGAGCCCGAGGUCAGCGUGCUGCCCAAGAGGCCGCAGCAGCCCGAGCUCAGAGUGCCUUCCACAAAGCCCCCGCAGCCCAGGCUGGACAGCCUCUCCAGGACAUCCUCGGAACCCGAGUUCUGCUCGCUGCCCAGGAAGUGUCUGCACCCACCACGGCCAGGGGGCCCCCGCAAGCUCUCCCAGCCGGAGCCCAGCGCUGCGUCCAGGCAGCACCUGCAGCCCGACUUCCUCACUGCACUCCCCAGGAAGCCUGCGCUCCCAGGCUCCGUCUCCGAGAGCUCGCUGCCCACGGCCAUUGCUGGCUCCUGUCCCCAGUUCCCGCUCAGCAGCCCUGGGCUUGGAGUCCCUGGGAUACCCCGCUGGGGGUCUGGAGACCUCGCUCACAAGGGAGGGUCAAGGUCAGGCCUCAGGGCCAGCCACCCACCCCGGAGGAGGCCUCUGCCUCCUGCCAGCAGCCUGGGACCCCCUCCAGCCAAGCCCCCGCUGCCCCCAGGCCCGAUGGACAUCCAGAGCUUUCGGAGACCAUCAGUUGCAGCCACAGAUCUCCAGAGGACAGGCUCUCCUGCUGGGACCCGUUUCCGGGCAGACACCAAGCUGGAGCCCGAGUACAUCUACGAGCUUUACGACAACGUGGAGCCUGCCGACCUCACCGGCCCGGGCCCCAGGUCAAACCACAGGCCAGACACACCAGCUGCUGGUGACACGUCACCCACUCAGACUGCUGCCAGGAGGCCACCUGCAGACGGAGCGCUCAGGAAGGAGAGGGCCCCCCAGUCACAUCCGUCACUGCCCACGGACCCAAAGCUGCUAAAGCAGAUCAGGAAGGCCGAGAAAGCCGAGAGGGAGUUCCGGAAGAAGUUCAAGGUGUGUCUGAGGGCUGGGAGUCGGGCCCCAGGAAUCCCUCCUCGGAGAGAGGUGGGGAGCCGCCUGGGCAGCAGCUCUCACGCCUGCCCCACCUCCCCACCCCAGUUUGAAGGGGAGAUUGUGGUUCACACAAGGAUGAUGAUAGACCCCAAUGCGAAGACCCGGCGUGGUGGGGGCAGACACCUGGGGAUCCGGCGCGGGGAGAUCCUGGAGGUGAUCGAGUUCACCAGCCAGGAAGAGAUGCUGUGCCGGGACCCCAAGGGCAAGUAUGGCUACGUGCCCAGAACCGCUCUGCUGCCCCUGGAAACGGAGGUGUAUGACGACGUCGGCGUCUGGGACCCUCUGGAGAGCCAGCCAUUCCUCCGGGGACAGUAAAGCCGACUGGUGUGGACACCUAGGACAGGCCACCAGCCUAGCCACCCACUCAGAAGCCCUGAACCUUGCCUCAACAGACGUCCGCCCACAUAAAGCCCCUCUCCACAGCA